CUGAGACAAAAAUUAGGUCUAAAUUCUAAAUCUGAUGAGAGAGAGAGAGAGAGCAUAUAUAUGCUAAUAGAAGAUGACAAAGACAAGAUAAAUGAGGGCAAAGUACUAAUAGUGUAAUUACUAAAUAUAGUUACUGAAGGACACUGAGUAACAGUUUUAAUGUUUUUACUUAAUUUGUUAUCCCUUGGUAUCUUAAAGCUAUUACAGUAAUCACUUCUUCGUAGUCUAAUUGGGAGUAAGAAUAAAGUAGAGUAAGUAAAAUUGUGUUACACUUACUUGUGACACUCAGUGAAUUUAGUUACUCUGGGCUUUUAGAUUAGAUUUAGAGAUAGCAUGAGCAGAACUCUUGAAAGAUGAGGGCUAUGGCUUAUGGAGUAAAGUAAACUUUUAAUGACGUAGAUAUUGGUUUACUAGAGUGUAGUAAGAAAGUAGCUAUUUUGACCACUCAUUGACCCUACUGAUUCUCUAUGCUGAAAUUGGACCAGAAUGUCUGAAAAAGUGGAUUCUCCUCGUGGGACAGCGCUGUCCCUCUACAACAGGUUUGCUGAAUUGAUGUUGGUAGUUGGAUUGGAUGAAAACACUGGACUUGUACCUUUAAAGAAAGAUGGAAGUUCUGGUGACUCAGACGAUCUUAGCAACCUGUUCUAUGAGGAAUAUGAAGCACAAGUUCUUGUUGCCAUCUCUUCUUCUAAAGCCUUGGUAUUUCAGCCUUACUUGUUGGAGGACCCAACGUACCCCCCUUCUCCAGAGUCAACCAUGGCUACAAACAGUUUUCAGACUCUGAGGCAGAGAGAGAUAUCCAAGAAAAUUGCUCAGAGGACUGUCUCAGUCAACUCCUCAGUGAUAAAACAACACCUGGUCAGUAAUGACAACUCCAACUCAGCCUCACAGGUUUUGGUCGACCUUCCAUUAUCUAAAGAUGCCAUUGAUACCAUCACUACAUUUUGUUUCCCAGACAAUGCCCAUGUGUUCCAAGAUAAACCAGAUAACAAUAUACACUUCCUUGUCCUGACUGAUGUGUCUGGACUCAAAACUUAUGCCUGCUGUUUGACUUUCUACAAACCCUAUCAACUGACCAAGGAACCAAAUGGAAAAAUGAGUUAUGAACUGCGAGAGUUGAAAGACAAGUCCAACAACUCUGACAAGUCCAACAACUCCAUCAAGUCUGUGCACUGUUACAUCCCACAGUGUUGCGUCCUUGUUUCCAAGUAUCCAUACUUCUAUGCCAUGAAAGAGUGCAUGUCUUGUAUGAUCAGUCAUGUGGAAAGAGACCUGGAGGAGAUGUUCCAGUUUCUCAAAGACUUUACCUACACAAUGACAAUGUCACCAGUGCCACCAGCGGGGAAUGUUAUUGUGGAGAUCUGCAUCUACAAUCUGUUUAUAUCGUUGUUUCCACCUGAUUCACCAGACAAGCCUGUACUAGACAUUCCACUGCACUUGACAUUCUUGUGUUUCCCCAUUGAAGAGCUCCUGAAAAUUUUCACUGCCAUCUUGUGUGAGGAGAAAUUAGUUUUUAUAAGCUUCAAUUAUGCCUUACUGACUACAGUAAUGCAGAGUUUUCUGUACUAUAUCCUGCCGUUCACUUGGAGGUUUACCUAUGUCCCUAUAUUGAGUGCCUCAUCACUAGAACUCUUGGAAGCACCUGGGACCUUCAUGAUGGGCUGUCAUCCUAAGCAUUUACAUGUAGUCCAGCAGGUAGAAGGUUUGGUGGUUGUUAACAUUGAUGAAGGAACUAUCACUGUGAAUAAACCAAGUGAAAUAACGUCACCCUACAUUUUUUCAAACUCCAGUUAUAACUAUGACACCGUCACCAUCGACAGAAAUGAUUACAUUCCAUAUCUCCCUGUGGGUCCAGCAGGUUUGCUUAAAAAUAUCUGUAAAAGGUCCAAAUACCAAAUGGAACUCUCUGAUGUUCAGAGACCCUUCUACUUUGAUAUUGAAGAAGAGCGAGCCUUCCGCAUGAAGAAAUGUAUGCAGUUCAACACGGAGAUCAGCUUUGCAUUCCUGGAGAUGAUGGUCAAUCUCUUCAGAGGUUGCCUGUUGUACCUAAGGAUUGAACACAGAAGUUUUAACAAGAAAGUCUUUCUGGAGAGUGUCCCUGAGUGCGACAAGCCAUUCUAUGAGAGGGUACUUAACACUGACAUGUUUAAGCAGUUCCUGGAAGACAGGCUAAAUGAGAAGAUGGACUACUGGUAUGAGUAUGAACUGAAAACAAGACCUUACAACAAACCAAUACCUGGUACACUGUACUACAGGCCCAAUGCUCGCCCUGCCACAAAACAAACAUCCAUCACCACCUUCUCAUCCCUGGCACCAAGAACUUUUGAAAUCUUCCGGCUUCCAGCUCUCAACGACUCACUUUCAUAUGCCAGAAAUAUGAUGAACAUGUUGAAUGAAACUAUAGAGACGUGUCAGAAUAUGUUCACCAAGUCUUCUUACUUGUACUUGAGGGGAAUGUUCCAUGCAGCCCAGGGGAACAUCACUGAUGCACUGGAUGACCUUCUGAGUUUGCAUUCCAUCAACACCAGGCUGUUGCCAAUACAAUUUGUGCGCAAGCUGCUUCAAAUAACACCAGAAACAGAGAGAGAUAAAUUGUUGAGGAAGAAAGGUGUUCAACAUUUGAUUGUACUUUUGCAUGAACCAGAAACUGAAAAACCCAGACGCCCCAUUGUAGACAAAGUGUCCAUUCCAGAUGCUGAUCUCAAUCUGGAGGAGUUUGUUGAAGCUGUGUCUUUGCUAGAGAUGGCAACAGAUUAUGACCUGAUACAAAGGCUUUUCCUAGCCUUGGUGCUCCCCAACAGAAUGACACAUGUAGAUAAAUACACAUUCAAUGUACUGAAAUUAUCUUAUGAUGAGAACCAGAGUCAAUGUGAAUCUUUGCAACUGGCCGAGGACUGUCUGCAGGCUAAUGAGAUUGUCCUGAGAGUGUCCAAUCUAAUCAAGACAGACUUUGGAAUGGGCAGAAUUGUCUUGACAGACAAAAGGUUGUUUUUCAUCAAAGAUGUCAGCAACAGAUACAAGGAAAUUGUGAAGCUGCGGAACAUCACCAAACUGGAAAAAGUUCAGAAUCAUUCUUUUUUGAUAGCAGCAGAUGUUCUUGUCAUAACAGACACAGAGACCAAGGUCAAGUUCACUGCUUGGCUAAAGGAGGAGAGAAACUGCUGGGCCACUAUCAUUGAAGAGAUGAGGGCUGGGAGGAUAGUGGCUGAGGCCUCUAAAGACUACACAGCCAUUAACCAGGCUAUACAGAAUGUUCUUUUAGCAGAUGCUGUCAUCAGGAGUGGUCAAGAUGAACGUGUGGCGCAUCACGGGCUGGUGGCAAGGGCAGCUGAUUCCCUUUGUUACUUUACAGCCUACAUGGCUGAGGGUCGUCAUAACUUGCCCUCGGACACCAUUGCCACCCUGCAGCAUCGUGUGGACCCCAACACUGGACAGAGGGAGAGAAAAACUGUGGAGGUUCUACUGUACACCCCAGGAUGUCAGAGCUCUGGCAUGCAGACCAACAUUCCUCCAAGACUGUGGUGUGGUAUGGGAGAUGGUAAAAUCAGAGUUUUUGAUGCCACCAAUUGGAUGCUGGAGCAUAAUUUUAUACAGACCAAGAUUACUGUGUCGGCGCUGGUGGCUGUUGGGGAGGCCACCAUAUGGGCUGGAUCUUAUGGUAUCUACAUCAUCGAAACUGAAACAUUGAGCUGUAACAAGACCCUGACAGAUCACCCAGAUCUGGUUGCAGACAUUGUGUUGACACAUGAUGGAAGACAUGCCUACAGUGCUAGUGUAGAUGGGACUGUUAUCAAGUGGGAAGUGCAGACCUUGAGACGUGUCAGACGUUUUCGCCUAUCAGACGCUAAAAGUUUGAGAUUUAUAAAGCUCUACGAUAACAAACUUUGGUGUGGGACAUGGCACAGUAUAUUUGCUCUAGAUGAUAAUGGUGUACAGCUUCAGACUUUCACAUACUCUGAACCAGACACAGGCAAACCGGUGGAGAUCAACUGUUUUGAAAUUUUUCAUGAUGAGAUCUGGGCUGGAUGUCGUCGGGGUGGUGAGGUGGUGAUCUGGGAUGAGAAAUCCACAAACUUGAAGCAAGUCUUGCAGCUGGACUGUAGAGGUGUUUGUUUUAUCUUGUUGUUUAAUGAUAAGGUCUGGGUGGCUACCAAAGAAGGAACAAUUCACAUCUAUUACCUGGCAACUAAACAACAAUGGAAGACAAUCAAAGCUCAUGAUGAUGCUAUCCGGUCGCUGUGUGCAGCAGAGUCCAGGUACAUAAUGUCAGGGGCAGGUUCUAAAGAUGGCAAAGUAGCAAUAUGGAGUCCCAACACAGAGAUCAGUGAACAUGAGAAUGGAGAGGUUGGAUCUUGAUGGAGAAAGUGACGCAGAUACUUUUUAUUGAGCACUAAAUCAAAUAUUGGAGUUAUAAGUGCUUGAUACCUUGAAAAAAUGUCAGAUUAGUUUUAAACUUUUUACAUUUUAAGAUUGUUAAACUUGGAAAUGCUGUUUUUUGUACAAUGUUCUAUGCAAUCCAAUACUCAUGUGUUAAAUUGUAUGUGCAGCUAUUUCUACAACAAUUUUUUGUUAACCCAUUUGUUCUUUGUUUUAUAAAUCUUUUGAACUUCAGAUGUGGACAGACUUAAUAAAGUAUCUUUUUCUCUCUGGUGUCACUUGACUUCAGUGAUGGGCAGAGGGUUCAAAUUAAACGGGAGAUAUGUGCCGUACACAUCCAAAGGCCAUACUAAAGUAUUUGAAAUCUUUGGAUUAUUAAAAAAAAAAAUCAAUCGUUUCUACAUAAAAGUUCCCCUCUCAGACCUUGAGGUCUACAGGGCAGAUGAUGUAAAGUUCAUCUGAUUCUGUGGCCCAUGGUUAACGCGGGUGUCAUGUGGCCAGCACAUCCAACCUCCUUUACUUUUCCCCAACUAAUGUCGGGUACCCAUUAGAGCUGGGUGGACUCAGAGGCACCCAAAGAUCCUGAAAUUUAAAAUCCUAAGAUUCAAACCCGGGACCCCUGUUUCUGAAGUCAAGCACUUUACAGCUUUACUUGACCUCCAUUUCUUCAUACAUUUUGAGCUUUACUUCAAAAUUUCCUGCAAACUUUCAUUUUAAUUAAUGGUCAUUUCCAUUGCUGUAUUUUUUUGAUACCAGUGCUUUAAUUUUUUUUUUUACACCAGAACUGUACAUUUGAGCAGGACUCCCUAAUGUUUAAAUUAUAUAUUUUUGUUUUUUUUUAAUUUUGUAAACUAUUUUUUCAUGGGAUGAAGGAGUUAAGGGGGGCUAUCCUUUAACUAAUAAAUCCACAACUUCAUAGAUCUGAUUGUGUAUCUGCUUUUGUUAACAUUAUUUUGGGAUAUGCACUUUUUGAAUCUUAACAAAAUAAUGAGUUGUUUGUACUUGGUGUUCAGGGAGUGUACAUUAUGAAGCUGUUUCUAGUCAGAAACAUUGCUCGAAAGUGAUGUUUAGUUUUGAUCAAAAAUUUGAAGUGCCUUUUGUUUCGAUACAUUGAUUACAUUAUUUAAUGUAAAAAUAUUUGACAAAUAAACACACUUUUGUGAUAUUCACAAAGAUAUUGCUCAAGACUGGAUCACACUGGGACGCACAGGGACACUCUCAUGAAGUGUUUGCCCUUUAAGUGUUCUUCAAUUAUUCCACAGAAUACUCUUUACUUUUUGCUUCUAUUUUUUGUUUUACCAUUUUACAUUUUGGGCGUUUUUUCAUAGUUGAAGAUUAUUACAUCCUAGUCCAAACCUCCAGCAGGACCACGGGCAGGGUUCAAACCAAGUAUCAUUGAGAUUCUAGUCCAGGGUGCAUGCCACUUGUCCAGGCAAUCACAGACAGUGACACGUUUGGUGAAGCCAUUUGGAUAGGCAAUCGCCAUAUUAUAUUUUAAAAAUGAGCCUUGUUACUAAAUUCUUCAAACUUGUUUCUUGUGAUGUGUGACAGUUAAUGCAAGUUAAAUCAUUAUAAACAAAGCAGUAAGAAGAUGAAUUGAUCUGAGCUUAAACUGAUAUCAUUGUAGUCUGCAUCAGUAUUAUCAGAUUGUUAAUGGGUCAUGUUCAGCUAAGAAUUUUCAAUAUCAAGUUGAUCACAUUUAUAUGCUGGAUUAUGCUCUAUGUCUAGAUUUUAGAUUUACAUUCCAAAAUUGGAAAACAAAUUGGGAAGAAAGAGGGAUCUAGAAAAAUUGUUGUGGGGACAAUGAGGGAUCUAGAAAAAUUGUUGUGGGGGCAAAGAGGGAUCUAGAAAAGUUGUUGUGGGGGCAAACUGGGAUCUAGAAAAAUUGUUGUGGGGGCAAAGAGGGAUCUAGAAAAAUUGUUGUGGGGGCAAAGAGGGAUCUAGAAAAAUUGUUGUGGGGGCAAAGAGGAAUCUAGAAAAGUUGUGGGGGCAAACUGGGAUCUAGAAAAAUUGUUGUGGGGGCAAAGAGGGAUCUAGAAAAGUUGUUGUGGGGGCAAACUGGGAUCUAGAAAAAUUGUUGUGGGGGCAAAGAGGGAUCUAGAAAAGUUGUGGGGGCAAAGAGGGAUCUAGAAAAAUUGUUGUGGGGGCAAAGAGGGAUCUAGAAAUGUUGUGGGGGCAAAGAGGGAUCUAGAAAAGUUGUUGUGGGGGCAAAGAGGGAUCUAGAAAAGUUGUUGUGGGGACAAACUGGGAUCUAGAAAAGUUGUUGUGGGGGCAAAGAGGGAUCUAGAAAAAUUGUUGUGGGGACAAACUGGGAUCUUGAAAAGUUGUUGUGGGGACAAACUGGGAUCUAGAAAAGUUGUUGUGGGGACAAAGAGGGAUCUAGAAAAAUUGUUGUGGGGGCAUUUAAGAAACCUAAAAAAAAGAAAAUUGAAAGGAUUGGGAGAGAUUUUAAAUACAUAAACACCAUGAUAUUUAUUGAUUACUUUUGUCAAAUUAAAUAAUCAAAAUUUCAAUAUAUACAAACAAAGUAAAGUAGUCAAGUCCCCUUUUUCUGACCUUGCGAUCUAUAGGGAAGAUAAUGUAAAGGUUUCUGUGACCAUGGUUCGUGAGGGUGUCAUAUGGAUAGCACAAUGACCAACCGCUUUUACUUUUCAAACAGCUAAUGUCAUGUACCCAUUAGAGCUGGGUGGACUCAGCUGGGCCCUUAAGAUCUCAAAAUUUAAUUAAAAAUCCCAGUCGUCACCAGAAUUUGAACCUGGUACCUCACGGUUUGGAAGCCAAUUGUUUUUCCUUCAGCCACCACGCCUUCUAUAUAAGUACAGGUAUUGUUAUAUCCAAAUUAUUUUUUAAAUGAUAAGUAGAGGAGACUUAGUUUGUCAACACUCUCAGUAUUCUAUACACUGAAUACACAGAUAUCAUGAACAUUUUGUACUCUUACAAGUUAAGAGACAUGUUAUGCAAUAUAAGAUUUAUUAGCUUGUUAGGAUACAGUCUUAAAAAACAGAAGAAAAAAAAUUAUACUAGCUUCUUACAUUUAAGACAUAGUUUGCUAGCACUGUGCUACUCUAACGCUGGAUGUCCCAAAUUUGAGACUUGUUUAUUGUUUUGAAUUCAAUGUUUCCAUUAU